AUUCAAUCCAUUUUAGACGGCCGGCGGGAAUGAAGAAACGCGGGCAGGGUUCGUGGUGGUGCGGUCAAGUUACUAUUCCUGUAUUCCUCGCCUCCUUUGCUGUAACGGCGGCAGCGGCGGCUCUGUCGGAUGAUGAGGCCGCAGUAAUCCAAGAGCUGAAGGAGAGUCUUAGCGUUGAUGACGGCACUUGGAAUCCGAUGAUGGACAAGUGCAAAUGGAGAGGCGUGCAUUGCGAUAUCCCUCAGAGCUCGGUUUUAGGUGUAAUCAUUGCGGACUUUAAUCUGAGCGGGUUUCUGCCCGCAAGUCUGGGAAACCUCACCAACUUGCAGGUAUUCGAUGUGAGGGGGAACCGCAUCACCGGGCCGAUUCCCGACUUUAAGGGGUUGGUGAAUCUCUUGUACCUCCUCAUUGAUGGAAACUCCUUCACUUCAAUCCCGCCCACUCUAUUCGACUUCAAUCCUACACUGACUCGCGUUUCUCUAGACUACAACCCACACCUUCCCCCAUGGCAGAUCCCCGAUGGUCUGAAGAACUGUUCAAACCUCACCUAUUUCUCCGCCGUCCAUUGCAACCUUAACGGGACCUUCCCGGCCGUCUUCAACAACCGCAAUUUCCCGAUCUUAAGAACCCUUCGCUUGAUGUCCAACCAUAUAUAUGGGAAGAUAUCUCUCGGACGGCUGCCCGCCUCUUUGGAGACUCUGUGUAUCAGCGCAGGACCUAGGGAGGGUCAUGGCGGGGCAAGCGCCCCCGCUCCAUGCCCAGAAAAACACUUCUAGUACUUAUGUAAUACUUGUGUUACGUUCCUCUCUGUCCCGUUAACAUUGUCUUAUUUUUUCUUUUUUCAAAAUCCUACUAAGAUUGUCUUAUACUACGUACUAAUCCUCUCUAUGCAUUGAUUUUUGAGUGUUUAUAUUUUUACUUUUAAUUACUUUUUAUGGUGUG